AUGAACGUGGAAAGCAUUCGUGCGAAAUCAAUCGCAGAGCCACGAGCUACGUUGGCAAUGACACAAAAGGCAAAAGGCUCGGGGAUUGAUCGCAUAUUUUCGGAUAAACGGCGACAAGACGAGGAGAGCACAAAACUGACCUCCUUCAUGGUGAGUAAACGAGCUCGAACAGCUGGUGAAGGGGACAUUUUGGCAACUGCGUUCAAUUUUAGAAGCCUGACUGGUCCACUAGAUUGGAUCACAAGCAAUGACGAGUGUUAUAAAGCGAAAAGGAGCGUAAGUUUCAAAUCAGCCGGCCGAUCAUCGCCGCCGCCAAGGGGCGCAGCGGCCGAGAGACAACAGCGACCGAUGGUUGUUUAUAGCCCCUCUGCGCACACACAAACAACAACGUGGGCCCCCCGUUCUAGCCCCUACGAGCAGAUCUUCCGAACUCUGGUCAGCGCCGCACAGCUGUGGAUGAAUGCAAAAUUCUCGACAGAACCUUCUAUCGAGGAAAGAAAGCGAAAACCUUCAGAUGCCUUGAAUUCCAUUACUUGGUUUGAUAAACGUCGCCAUCUUGGAACUAUUAAGAGAGGCGAUCUACGCGAUUAUUGUGGAGCUAUCAUUGCCGUUUAUUGGAUUGAGUUCAUUCCGCAGCAGUUUGCUCAUCUCUCCGCACCUUCAUGCUACCAACUUUUCAAAGGUCGUCCACUCAACCGUGAGUAUCUCUUUCUCAUAUACUUUAUCGAGAACGAUUCAAAGGUUUCCCUCUUGGUAAACGCUCACGAUCAAAGCGGUUUUUCACCUCUGAAACUUACGCUCUCAUCUGGUCAUAUAAAUACGGCUAACCAGCUACUGUCCAAAAACGCUAGUUGCAACGCAGUACAUGAAGCGGGCAAGUUCAUUGUCGUGCGAAUGAUCGAAAAAGGCAGAGAAUAUUCGAGCAUGCAAAUUUCUAGCAUCUGCGGGAGCAAGUCGUCCAUGAAAAGUCGCGAUAGAAUUUACUUCACUUCAAACAGCCUUACUUCUCGUAUUUCAAGCAGGAAUCUUAUUCUGGCAAAUACUCUCAUUGUCAGUGGAGCCGAUCUCAUCAAUUCUGAUGUCGAUGGAUGCAACUAUCGUUGUUCAUGUUUCUGCUAG